AUGGGUAUCAACAAUCCUAUACCAAGGUCGUUAAAGAGUGAGUGUAUCAAGGCCGCCAAAGUAUUGAAAUCCUUUGUUAAACCCAACCAAGUCUUGGGUGCUGAUGAAGUUAUUCCACAUGAGGUUUUACUAAAUGCCAAAGGUUUGGCUAUUUUAACAGUUCUAAAGGCCGGUUUCUUGUUUUCUGGACGUGCAGGCUCCGGUGUUGUUGUUGCGAGGUUACCUGAUGGAACUUGGUCUGCGCCUUCAGCAAUUGCCACAGCUGGGGCCGGUGUCGGGGGUCAAGUCGGUGCCGAAUUGACCGACUUUGUUUUCAUUUUGAAUACAGAUGCUGCUGUUGAAUCAUUUGCACAAUACGGCUCUGUUACCUUGGGUGGUAACGUUUCAGUUGCGGCGGGUCCAUUGGGAAGAAAUGCAGAAGUUGCAGGUAACGCCUCGGUCAAGAAUGUAGCGGCCAUUUUUGCAUAUUCUAAGACAAAGGGGUUGUUUGCCGGUGUUUCGUUGGAAGGUUCUGCCAUUGUGGAGAGAAGAGAAGAAAAUCGAAAAUUUUAUGGUGACAUGUGUAAGGCAAGGUAUAUUUUAAGUGGUCGUGUGGCCCCUCCUCCUGCAUGUGAACCAUUGAUGAGGAUUUUAGACUCUCGUGCUUUUAGCCGUAUUAGUCCUGACGAUUACGAUGAAGACGAUUAUUAUGAUGACAUUCCAUCUACUUUCAGUUCGGAUGACGACUCAAUGUACAGCAGAAGGCCUAGAGGUCCUCCAAAAUCUAGAAGUAAUAGAUCACGUUAUGAUGAUUAUGAUUAUGAUGAUGAGUACAGUGAUGAUUCCGCUAGAGCCUACUACAAAAGAGAAAGACACGAACGAAACCGUGCUUCAUCCACGUCAUGGGAAGACCAAAUGUACGAUAGAGCCCUGAGCGGCAGCCGUGGUAAUCGUAGAUCCUCAGUGGGUAGCCCACGGCGAGGUGGCUAUAUACCAACAGAAGAAAAGCCUCAAUUCGGGUCUUCUAAACGUUCUCCUUCAAUUUCAUCUUCAAAGAACAAAGCUGUUGCUCUUUAUUCGUUCGCCGGACAACAAGAUGGUGACCUACCCUUCAGAAAAGGCGAUGUUAUUACCAUCAUUCAAAAAUCAGAUUCUACAGAUGAUUGGUGGACCGGUAGAAUAGGAAACACAGAAGGUAUAUUCCCUGCAAAUUACGUUGAACUUGUUUGA